AUGUCCGAAGUAGACAAAGCGAAAGAAGCGGCGCAGCAAAAAGAACAGCAGGCCAACGACACGAUUUUCGGCAAAAUCAUCCGCAAAGAGAUUCCGGCCAAAAUCAUUUACGAGGAUGAAGACGUAUUUAACAACAUGAGUCCUGGAAUGAGCUUUAUUGUAUAGGCCAUCGCUUUUCACGACGUCACACCACAGGCGCCGGUUCACUUUCUCGUGAUUCCCAAGCGACGGAUCGACAUGCUCGAGAACGCCACCGACGAUGUUUGUCCUUUAUCAGCAGUUUUUGAUAGACCCACAUGAAUGACAUGAACGAAAAUGAGAGCUAUCAAUCGUUGAUAUUUUUGGAUUGAUAUUUCUGUCUUCAAUCGAUUUCGAAUAUCGCUGAAUUCUAUUCAUGCCAUUUUUGAAUUGCUUUUUGGUUUCAUAGAAUGAGAAGCAAAAAGUUUCUCGUCAAAAAGGAAAAAAGUGAAAAAAAAACUGAGACAAAUUUCGAAACGUCCUAUAGUCUGUUCAGAUUUUGAAUGUCAAGUCGUCGCUCAAGCUCCGCCCCUAAUGGUGCGAUAAACCCAUCAGAAAGCGAGCCAUCCACAGAGUGUUUUUGAAUGACGUCAUUGCACUUGACAUUCAAAAUCUGAAAAGACUAUACUUUCAAAAUUAAAUGACCUUUUUUAUAACACCAUGAGGGCGGCAGCUGUGGUCAGUAGGCGUGGCUGAAUGCAACGGAGGUACGGUUUAUUGCAAUAGGGGCGCGGGGUGGAAAAAUCGAGUUUUGUAGAUUUAAAGGUUGGAAAAAGACCAUUUAUUGAUUUUUUUUUUUUCUAGAUUUUAAUGCGUAUUAAAUGAUAAAAACUCUAUUUAAAUGAGAAAAAGAGAUGAAAUAGCUAUCGCAGAAAGAAUUAUCUCCCAAUAUGUCGUUAAUGCAUCAACAGAUCGAUGUGAAUUCUGACGAUCUCAGUGCAAUUCAACUGGUGCCAAGAGAAACAUUCGUGCAAAUAGGGUUUAAUAUCGUAAAAAAUAAAGCCACUUAGCUUUUUGGAAGCGUGAGGUUGUUACUUAGGGAAGAGUUUUGUGUAGUUUAAUAUUAAAAAAAAAAUUAACCGUGCUCGAAGCUAUUUUGGAAAUGGUUUCUAAGAAAUCUCUGGAUAUGUUUUUCGCUUUCUGAUAGCCUUUUUGCAAAAUCUACAUUGAACACGUGAUUAUAGGACUUUGAAAACGCAGAUUAAGAAGAUUUCAGAUCGUAUUUGGUAGUUUUAGAACGUAGCGAGACAGUAGAUUGCCGCACAUAAUCGGAUUUGAAAAGCUAUUUUCGACCGAGUUCCGCCUGUUAAGAAACUCGACUCUGAUGCUUUGUGAGAUGUGGAGAAAGGUAUUUUUCAGGACAGCGCUCUUUUGGGCAAGCUGAUGAUGGUGGCUGCGAAGGUCGCGAAACAGGAGAACCUCGCGGAAGGCUACCGCCUCGUGGUCAACAACGGAAAGAACGGCUGCCAGUCUGUUUUCCAUCUGCACAUUCAUGUUCUUGGCGGCCGUCAGCUCGGCUGGCCCCCAGGAUAA